AUCUGGGGUUGGGGGGAGGGGUGGUUAAAAUGCAGAUUCCCUGGCCGCGCCUUAGACCCAUCAGUUAGAGUUAUUGAGGGGGAGGGUGGGACCUGCGGAUGUGCGUUUUCACACACUGCCCAGGUGAGGCUGACGUCCACUGAAGGGUGAGAACGACAGCUGGGCGGGGCCUGCGCCUCCGACCCGCCCUUCCCCUGAGCGUCGGCUCUGGGCACUUCCCGGUGGCUGCCCCUUACCGCCCCACCGGUUACUUGGAACAGGAGAUGCAAGGGGGUGAGGAUGGCGAAAUCCAGAGUGGCUUCACCAGGUGCUGCGAGUGGCUGAGAUGCUGUGGUGGAGGGGAGCCCAGGCCCCGCACGGUCUGGUUGGGACACCCGGAGAAAAGGGACCAGAGGUACCCUCGAAAUGUCAUCAAUAACCAGAAGUAUAACUUCUUCACCUUCCUUCCUGGGGUGCUGUUCAACCAGUUCAAGUACUUUUUCAACCUCUAUUUCUUGCUUCUCGCCUGCUCCCAGUUUGUACCUGAAAUGAGACUCGGCGCACUGUACACCUACUGGGUCCCCCUGGGCUUUGUGCUGGCUGUCACCAUCAUCCGAGAGGCUGUGGAAGAGAUCCGAUGCUAUGUGAGGGACAAGGAAGUCAACUCCCAGGUCUACAGCCGGCUCACAGCAAGAGGGACAGUGAAGGUGAAGAGUUCCAACAUUCAAGUUGGAGAUCUUAUCAUUGUCGAAAAGAACCAGCGGGUCCCUGCUGACAUGAUCUUUCUGAGGACAUCAGAAAAAAACGGGUCUUGCUUCUUGCGGACGGAUCAGCUGGACGGGGAGACAGACUGGAAGCUCCGACUCCCUGUGGCCUGCACGCAGAGGCUGCCCACUGCUGCGGAUCUGCUUCAGAUUCGGUCGUAUGUGUAUGCAGAGGAGCCAAAUAUCGACAUUCACAACUUUGUGGGAACUUUUACCAGAGAAGACAGCGACCCUUCUAUCAGCGAGAGCUUGAGCAUCGAGAACACGCUCUGGGCGGGCACCGUCAUCGCGUCAGGUACUGUUGUGGGUGUUGUUCUUUAUACUGGCAGAGAACUCCGGAGUGUCAUGAAUACCUCAAAUCCCCGAAGUAAGAUUGGCCUGUUUGACCUGGAGGUGAACUGCCUCACCAAGAUCCUCUUUGGCGCUUUGGUGGUGGUGUCACUGGUCAUGGUUGCCCUGCAGCACUUUGCCGGCCGUUGGUACCUACAGAUCAUCCGCUUCCUUCUGUUGUUUUCCAACAUCAUUCCCAUCAGCUUGCGUGUGAACCUGGAUAUGGGCAAGAUCGUGUACAGCUGGGUGAUUCGAAGGGAUUCCAAAAUCCCUGGGACUGUGGUUCGUUCCAGCACGAUUCCCGAGCAGCUGGGGCGGAUUUCUUACUUACUCACAGACAAGACAGGAACCCUUACCCAGAAUGAGAUGGUUUUCAAACGGCUCCAUCUGGGGACAGUGGCCUACGGACUUGACUCAAUGGACGAAGUACAGAGCCACAUAUUCAGUAUUUACACCCAGCAACCCCAGGACCCCCCUGCUCAGAAGGGCCCCACGCUCACCACCAAAGUCCGGCGCACCAUGAGCAGCCGUGUGCAUGAAGCCGUGAAGGCCAUCGCCCUCUGCCACAACGUGACCCCUGUGUACGAGUCCAACGGCGUGACUGACCAGGCUGAGGCUGAGAAGCAGUACGAAGACUCUUGCCGUGUGUACCAGGCAUCCAGCCCAGAUGAGGUGGCCCUGGUUCAGUGGACGGAAAGCGUGGGCUUAACACUGGUGGGCCGAGACCAGUCUUCCAUGCAGCUGAGGACCCCUGGCGACCAGAUCCUGAACUUCACCAUCUUGCAGAUCUUCCCCUUUACCUAUGAAAGCAAGCGCAUGGGCAUCAUUGUGAGGGAUGAAUCAACUGGAGAAAUUACAUUUUACAUGAAGGGGGCGGAUGUUGUCAUGGCUGGAAUCGUGCAGUACAACGACUGGCUGGAGGAAGAGUGUGGAAACAUGGCGCGAGAAGGGCUGCGGGUGCUUGUGGUGGCGAAGAAGUCUCUGGCUGAGGAGCAGUAUCAAGACUUUGAAGCCCGCUACGUCCAGGCCAAGCUGAGUGUGCACGACCGCUCCCUCAAGGUGGCCACCGUGAUCGAGAGCCUGGAGAUGGAGAUGGAGCUGCUCUGCCUGACGGGCGUGGAGGACCAGCUGCAGGCGGACGUGAGGCCCACGCUGGAGACCCUGCGGAAUGCCGGCAUCAAGGUUUGGAUGCUGACGGGGGACAAGCUGGAGACAGCUACGUGUACAGCGAAGAAUGCACAUCUGGUGACCAGAAACCAAGACAUCCACAUCUUUCGGCUGGUGACCAACCGCGGGGAGGCCCACCUGGAGCUGAAUGCCUUCCGCAGGAAGCACGACUGUGCCCUCGUUAUCUCGGGAGACUCGCUAGAGGUUUGCCUCAAGUACUACGAGUAUGAGUUCAUGGAGCUGGCUUGCCAGUGCCCAGCCGUGGUCUGCUGCCGCUGUGCGCCCACCCAGAAGGCCCAGAUCGUGCGCCUGCUCCAGGAACGCACCGGGAAGCUCACCUGUGCAGUAGGUGACGGAGGCAACGAUGUCAGUAUGAUUCAGGAAUCCGACUGUGGCGUGGGGGUCGAAGGAAAGGAAGGAAAACAGGCUUCGCUGGCUGCCGAUUUCUCCAUCACUCAGUUUAAGCAUCUUGGCCGGUUACUCAUGGUGCAUGGCCGGAACAGCUACAAACGGUCAGCUGCCCUCAGCCAGUUCGUGAUCCACAGGAGCCUCUGUAUCAGCACCAUGCAGGCUGUCUUCUCGUCCGUGUUUUACUUUGCGUCCGUUCCCCUCUAUCAAGGGUUCCUCAUCAUUGGGUACUCCACGAUCUACACCAUGUUUCCCGUAUUUUCUCUGGUCCUGGACAAGGAUGUCAAGUCCGAAGUUGCAAUGCUGUAUCCCGAGCUCUACAAAGACCUCCUCAAGGGACGGCCUCUGUCCUACAAGACGUUCUCAAUAUGGGUGUUGAUUAGCAUCUACCAAGGGAGCACCAUCAUGUACGGGGCACUGCUGCUGUUCGAGUCAGAGUUUGUGCACAUUGUGGCCAUCUCCUUCACGUCGCUGAUCCUCACGGAGCUACUGAUGGUGGCACUGACUAUCCAGACCUGGCACUGGCUCAUGACGGUGGCCGAGCUGCUCAGCCUGGCCUGCUACAUCGCCUCCCUGGUCUUCUUACACGAGUUCAUAGAUGUGUACUUCAUCGCUACCUUGUCCUUCUUGUGGAAAGUCUCCGUUAUCACUCUGGUCAGCUGCCUCCCCCUCUACGUCCUCAAGUACCUGCGGAGGCGGUUCUCUCCCCCCAGCUACUCGAAGCUCACGUCUUAGGUCUGCGCUCUCCUGAUGGACAGAGUUCAAGUGCCGUCGACACUAGCGCCACCUAUGGAUUGUGCAGGAAUUGUUAAUGCGUGCAGUUUUGAUGUCAAGAAUCUUCACAGCUCUGCCUUGACCUAAUGCUGAAUAAACAGGAGGGAGCUUCCCACAGGUGCCUGCAGACCUGUGUUGCCCCUGUUUAUUCAUGUUUGAAUGAAUGUGAAUAAGUUCAAGCUGAUGGCUCAGCCGACAGAGUUAUAUGGGUCACUGGGCAAGCUUCCUAAAGACUUGAAUUUUGUUGUCAUGUGAUCAAGCUUCUGUCUCGAGGAAGAAGGGUUUUUUUUUUUUUUUAACGGUCCUAAUAUGUGUGCAUUCUUUAUGUCUUUCUCUCAACUGUUUCAGAGAAAUGCAAAGCUCUUGGUUUAUGUUUGCAGGAAGACAGUGGCAUUUGAUAAAAAGUUACACAGGCAACAUUCUCAAUUUGGAAUUGCCACAUAGUCUCUGUAUGGGGGCCCUAACGUAUUUAAACAACAUUAAAUUCUUAGAAAUAAGACUUUGUAAAAAAAAAAUGGUCAUGGAGAGGAGAGGGAGAGAGCUUGCCGGAAAUCCACUACGUUAUCUUUGAUUGGCUCAGCAUCUCCAGAGCUUGCAGUAACUUCACCUGCCACCUCGUAAAAAAAUUUCAAAGGUGUUAUCUUACUUUGUUAGGACCUGGUAGCAAUUAACAAGUCAGUGGCUAUCAGAGGACAACCCUCCAGCGUUUUCAGCAGAGUUGUUUUAGCAGGAAACACGCCACUGAGCGGCCCCUAAAUGUGUCGACAGUGUGAUAAGAGACUCAACUAAUUCUUUAGACAACAUGGCAGAUGUGACUCAGAUCCUCAGAGUCCAGAGCGGAAAGGUCAGGGAGCCGGGGCUCUUCACCGCUGCAGAAAUCUGUUUCCUGUUAGGAGGAAUUACUGAGCAUGAGCUGACGAAGGCAAAAACAUCUUGCAGUGUUGCCCUUCAUUGGUGGCAGCUUAAAGCAAGGAGCCCUGCAGGGAGGAGGCUGCAGCUGCGGCUAAGGGAUCUGGGCUGUGCUCCGCAGCGGACACAUUUCCAGGGGGACUUGCUGAAAGGCAGCCAGUAGUAAAGGUUCCUCCCCCAGCAGGAUGGAGGACAUGCGUGUGUGUUUCCUAUCAAGCUGUGGCUUCUUGUUUCAGGGGAAGAAGGCAGUUGGGGAGCAUUGGACGUGGAAGGGCAAGGCAUUCUUGGGUUUUCAAGGCACUUCUUGCAAAAGCCACGUGUGCAGGCAAUAAAGAUGAAAUUAGUGGACCUUCCCAAGUUGAAUGUGGUUGAUAUCUUGGGCUCGUGCAUACCCUUCGGCCCGUCAGAUGAUACUUCUUGUUGCCAAUUCCCAGUGCCCUCGGGCAAACCAGGCAUGGCGAACUGGGGAAAUGAGCAGCAGACAGCCCUUGCCUGUGGAGCACUCCUGAUACACUCAUGUAUUUUUUUCUUGGACUGCUAGAACUUACUAGAAUGUCAGUAAGCUGUAGGGCAUGAUAAAUUGGCUGUUGACAUCACUUCUACUGUGUUUUAAUACUCUGCAGUUUUGCAGUAUUUCCCCUUCUGCCACACUAGAUACAUUAUUGCAUUGAAUGAAUGGUUGUUUAGAAAUAGACUGUUUGUCCAGAAACUUCAGAAAGGUUGAACAAGUCUGACUUCUUCAUUGGGUGAUUUUAUGAAGUUGUAGAAGUAGAGGAGGAGAAAGUUGUGCUUAAAAGUUUUUGAAACCUCGUCUGUUUUGUUGGAAGUCGACCUGUAAAACCAGAAGACCCUGAGUUCACAAACACUGAACGUGGCCUUGUUCACAGAUAGGUGAUGGCUUCUGCAGGUAGAUAGGAUGGAAUCCUUGUUAAGAAAUCCCAGUUGUUUUCAGCAAAUAAUAGAGAAUGAAGAUGGUCUCUCUGGUCUUAAUUUCCGAUUUUGAUCAAGCUGCUGUAUGAGUCAAGUUUCUAAGUGGGGCUGGAAAAGCCAUACCUGGAUGUAAGUAGAAGGUACUUGUUAGUGUUAUCCAGGAGGCUUCUUGCUCUCUUUUCUCAGCCACACUUUGGGGGAGACAGUCAAAGGCAAGAAGGACAACAAAGUGGAAACUGCCAUGUGGUCAGACCACACUGGCAGUGGGCAGCAUGCUGAUGCACCCCCUGGUGGUCCCUGAGUGUGUAGGCGUGCACACGCCUCACUUCUCAAGUACAGGGAUGGGAACAAAAAGGGCAGAAGCCUCAAGUCAGCUGACGGUACUGGAGCGUUACCUGCACAAACCAGACUCCAUGAACAUCUGGGCACUGCUUGGUUGGUGGGUCAUCUUGAUUGUGUGGAGAAAACAAACAAGCAAACAGACAAAAAAACUGGAGCUCUUUCACAGGAAACUCCUGAAUUUGUAAACCUUGAGCUGACGUCUUCUUGACUGACAAUCUAGAAAGAACUUACAAGGCACCACUGACAGCUUUUCCUCCCCUUGGGACUCAACGGGGCUUCAGUUGCCAAUAGCAAAUUUAAGAUGAGAUCAUAGGGCCACGAGGCAGACGGUGAACACCCCUUAAACACUUUUCCUUAAGGUAAAACAAACAACUCCCCUCCGCCCUCUGAUAGCACCAUUUGCUUCUGUCAGAGUCAAAGCCUUUAUUAUUUUUUUUUAGUAUGUUUUGGAGAUGGUCGUGGGGGGUGGGGGAGCAGGAUCUGUUUGGGUUUUUUCCUUUACCUCCUCCCUUCCUCUUUAAGAAAAUGAGCGAUUUGCUUCAUCUUAAGUAGUGUCUUAUAUCUGACAGCUUUGGUUCAGUUUUGAGAGCGUGCGUGCAUAUGUUGCCUGUGGCGCUAGGUGAGAAUGGUUGAGCUGCCUGGACAAAGAGAAGGAGGACAACCCGGUCAUCAGUCUACAGUCGGAGCAAACCACCUGUUUACAGCUACCUGGAACUGGUCGGCCAAUUGCUGACUUUCUCCCGCUUUUGGUGUUAUUACAUCCCAGAUCCCAGUCCGGCUUCCCUUGAGCAAACCCCUUUUCUGUAGCAGUAAUCUUAAAUACCAUCGUCUGUUUACCAACAUUUCCUCAGUGUGUUUUCUGCUGAGUUGAAGGCACACCAGUGGUUCUUUUUAAUGUAGUUUGAAUUUUGUGCUCAUUCAAAAUGGACACUGAAAUGAUGUGGUUUUUUCCCCUCCAGACUUUUGUUUUUAUAUGUUGUUUGGUUUCUACUGGGGCGCUGGGGGUACACUUGGGGGGGUGCUCACAGCUUUACCGGGCAGUGUUUUAAAUCCUUGACAAAUUUUAGGUGGGGCUACAUGUUCCUGUGCGCCAUCCUACUUACGAUAGAUGCUGAUCAGCCGUUUUUCUCUAGUCUUUUUUGUGCGUUUGUGUGCGUCUGUGCAUGCGUGGUAUCGUCUCCAGUUUUCUGAAGAAAUGCUCGGUUUCUGUUGCAUUAAAAUGCCAUCACUCCCAGGUUGGGUUCGCUUUAAAAAUACACAAGGAGCUUUGUAAAUACAACCAAUUAUAUCCCUUCCCCCCUUCUUUUAAUGUAAAGCUUUUUGUUGUUUAUAUAUACUUCUUAGGAAAUGUUGCCAUGAAUUAUGUCUAUUUCUCCUUGGAAAAAGAAUCCAUUAUGUGUUUGAGUGGAACUGAAGUGCUUACGCUGCGUGAGCAGCAUCCUAGCACCUUGAGUACUAUAGCAUCUUCUCAGCCAAGGCAGCAUUACCAGGCGGGGCUCUGUCUUCUCCGUCACCGCAUGGUUUGGGUGGACAAUGUCAGUGAAUGUUGUGUUUGGGGGGAUCGGGGGAGGGCAUGGCCUUUGCAAACAAAAAUUGUGGCUAAUUAAUUUUGUUGCAGUGGGGUUAACUUUAUACGCAUAUGGGAGUCCACUGUGUCCUUGUUAGUAGAUCUCUUUAUGUGUAAUCCUCAUUGCAGAUAUUCCCCAGGACAGCGUGUUUUGAUUAGCGGGAAAUUCUGGUACGCAUGCCUUAAUUUAGCAGGCACUCCCAGAUGAUUUAAAUGCGCGAUUCUGUGAUGACACACAUGUGAUCUUUCGUAUUUCCGAACGGUUCUUCUUUCAUCGUUUGCCAGCGUGGCCUGAUGCUGUUGCCCAGUAAAGCUUGUGUACUUAUGCCUUUGAGGAUCAUUCUAAUUUGUACAGAAAUGUGGAUUCUGGUGUCAAAAGGAGGGCUUUUUAUUUCAUGCUUAUCCCAUGGUACAUAAAAGGUAAAUAACAUUUUUCCCAGUUAAAAAUAUCAUUUUGAUUUUGGUAAAAAAAAAAAAAAAAAUCCACGCAUG